AGCGCUCGAGUUCCGCCGCUCCGGGGCCGCCGCCGCCGCCCGUCCCCGCCUCCCCCCGCCCGCCACGGCCCCUACCCCGCCGGGGCCCCGCGGCCCGGCCAUGGCCACCAGGAAGGCGGGCUCGCGCCUGGAGACGGAGAUCGAGCGGUGCCGCUCGGAGUGCCAGUGGGAGCGGAUUCCCGAGCUCGUCAAGCAGCUCUCGGCCAAGCUCAUCGCGAACGAUGACAUGGCAGAGCUUCUCCUCGGGGAGUCCAAACUAGAACAAUUUUUGAAGGAAAAUACUCUUAAACAGAGUAGUAGUCCACGGGGCCCCCAGCCAAAACUGACUGAGGUCAGGAAACAUCUCACGGCAGCUCUUGAUAGGGGAAAUCUAAAGCCAGAAUUCCUACAGGAAGCUAACCUAAUUAUGGCCAAAUUAAACUAUGUGGAAGGUGAUUACAAAGAAGCUCUGAAUACAUAUGCCAGAGUUGGCAUUGAUGACUUGCAGCUCACUGCAGUGCCACCGUACAGGCUACGGAUGAUUGCUGAAGCAUAUUCUACAAAAGGUCUCUGUCUUGAGAAGUUGCCAAUUUCUUCCUCAGCUAGCAAUCUCCAUGUGGACCGUGAACAAGAAAUUGUUACAUGCUACGAGAAGGCUGGAGAUAUUGCUCUCCUGUACCUUCAGGAGAUAGAAAGGGUAAUUAAUGCCAAUAUACAAAACAGAAGCCCUAAGCCAGGGCCCACUGCACAUGAACAAGAACUUGGUUUUUUCAUGGAAACAGGACUGCAAAGAGCACAUGUUUUAUAUUUCAAGAAUGGGAACUUGACAAGAGGAGUUGGUAGAUUUAGAGAGUUACUAAGAGCUGUUGAAACAAGAACUACACAAAACCUGCGAAUGACGAUAGCGAGACAACUCGCGGAAAUUUUGUUACGAGGUAUGUGUGAACAGAGUUACUGGAAUCCACUGGAAGAUCCUCCUCACCAAUCACCCCUAGAUGAUCCACUUCGAAAAGGUUCAAAUACUAAGAAUUAUGCACUCAGUAGAAGACCACGUGUAUACACUGGAGAAAACAUCUUCUGUCCUCAAGAAAAUACAGAGGAAGCCUUACUGUUGCUGCUUAUUAGUGAAUCUAUGGCUAACCGUGAUGCUGUACUAAGCAGAAUACCUGAACACAAAAACGAUCGUAUCAUCAGUUUGCAAAGUGCAUCUGUCGUCUACGAUUUACUUACUAUAGCCUUGGGAAGAAGAGGCCAGUAUGAAAUGCUCUCAGAGUGUUUAGAAAGAGCCAUGAAGUUUGCGUUUGAGGAGUUCCAUCUCUGGUAUCAAUUUGCGUUGUCCUUGAUGGCAGCGGGAAAAUCUGCUCGAGCUGUUAAAGUCUUGAAGGAAUGUAUACGUUUGAAACCAGAUGAUGCAACUAUUCCACUCCUUGCUGCAAAGCUCUGUAUGGGAUCUCUCCAUUGGUUGGAAGAAGCUGAAAGAUUUGCCAAGGCAGUUGUUGAUCUUGGGGACAAAACAUCAGAGUUCAAAGCAAAAGGCUACUUGGCACUGGGAUUGACUUACAGUCUGCAGGCCACUGAUGCAUCUUUGCGAGGGAUGCAAGAGGUCUUGCAGAGAAAGGCUCUUCUUGCAUUUCAAAGGGCUCACAGUUUGUCUCCAACGGAUCAUCUGGCAGCAUUUUACUUGGCACUCCAGCUUGCCAUAUCCAGACAGAUACCAGAAGCUUUGGGUUAUGUUCGUCAGGCUCUGCAACUACAAGGAGAUGAUGCCAACUCUCUUCAUCUCCUUGCACUCUUACUAUCAGCCCAGAAACAUUAUCAUGAUGCUUUGAAUAUCAUUGAUAUGGCCUUGAGUGAAUAUCCAGAAAAUUUUAUAUUACUGUUUACAAAAGUCAAAUUGGAGUCUCUGUGCAGAGGCCCAGAUGAAGCACUCCUAACGUGUAAACACAUGCUCCAGAUUUGGAAAUCCUGCUACAAUCUCACUAACCCAAGUGACUCCGGCCGUGGGAGCAGCCUGUUAGACAGAGCUAUUGCUGACAGACGACAGCUUAAUACAAUUACAUUACCAGAUUUCAGUGAUCCUGAAACAGGUUCAGUCCAUGCCACAUCAAUAGCAGCUUCCAGAGUGGAGCAAGCAUUGUCCGAGGUUGCUUCAUCUCUGCAAAGCAGUGCCCCUAAACAAGGUCCCCUGCAUCCUUGGAUGACUCUGGCUCAAAUAUGGCUUCAUGCAGCUGAAGUCUACAUAGGGAUUGGGAAGCCUGCUGAGGCCACAGCGUGUACCCAGGAAGCAGCUAAUCUCUUUCCCAUGUCCCACUAUGUUCUCUACAUGAGAGGUCAGGUGUCUGAACUUCGUGGAAAUAUUGAUGAAGCCAAACGCUGGUAUGAAGAGGCCUUAUCUAUUAGUCCUACACAUGUGAAAAGCAUGCAGAGGCUGGCUCUGAUACUUCACCAACUCGGGCGCUAUAGCUUGGCAGAGAAGAUUCUCAGAGAUGCCGUCCAGGUCAACUCUACAGCCCACGAGGUCUGGAACAGCCUGGGAGAGGUGCUACAGGCUCAAGGCAAUGAUGAUGCUGCAACUGAAUGCUUCCUGACGGCACUGGAGCUUGAAGCGAGCAGUCCUGUGGUUCCUUUCACCAUCAUUCCCAGAGUCCUUUGACAGGGCAUCCUGAUCAAACGAUUUUUGGUCUGACUUCUGGAUGAGGAGACCCAGUGUAUCAGACUGCCUGGUAACUGGUGUAGUUUGAGAACCUUUAGAGCAAAGAACCUUUAGGUCUUUGGCAGGCAAGUGGCCAAAACAGUGAGGUGACACAACACAUUAAUGUCGGACUGAGAGGAUGGAAUGGUGAAGCCAGAGCCAAAUCACUCAUAUCGCCUGCGGUUUUGCCCUGGUAGUUUUAAAACAUCAUUAUGUUGUUCAUGGAUGAUGUGCCAUAUUUUGUUAGUGAUACUUGAGUGUUACAUAAAAUUAUAAUGGAAUUGACUACCAAUUGUAGAAUAAGUUAAAAUUCAGUGGCAGAGCAGACUAUUUUUAACAAGGCUGUUAAUAAAACUGUUCUCUUCCUGCCUCUCAAUCUCUUUUGGCCUAAAGUCAAAAUGUGAAUUUUCUGUUUCCAUCUCUAUUUUAGUCCAGGCCAGAAAAUCAGUUGAGUUCUUGGUUUUAGUUGUUAAUAACUGUGAUGUGUGGCUAACUGUUAUCUAGAGCAAAGGCUGAGUACAAGAAUAUUUAUAUUUUACGAUGUAUGCCUGUUACAAAAAAAUAUAUUAGUUAUUUAAGUUUAACUUUUUUAUGUGAAUUCAGAGUUUAUUUAUCAAUGGAAAUAUGUAAAAAGAAGCCGCAAAUGGAAUAUUUACCGACAUUCCUUAUACAUGACCCACACUUGGCUAAAUGGGAAGAUUAUGUUAAUAAUAAAAUGAUUUUUAAAUGGAA